GGAACAGCUGGCUCCAAUUCGACUCUGGUUAGAAUCGAAUCGAAUCCAUUGCCUUGUACGUCAAGCUCUAACGAUCUUCUUUUUCGCUCUCUGCCUACCCUAGCUUAGCUCCGACAUGGAUCAGGAUUCAACCUUUCGCCGGUCCCGGAAUGUUCCACCCAUACCGGAUGUCUACUCCACUGUAGUCAUCCACGACGACGACGAACAAGAAAAUGACAAAGCCGGCCGAGAACGACAACGGCGCGAGCCUAAGAGUGAAGAAGACCUUUACGCGACAAUGGUGUACAAAGGGAACGACGAUGAGGAAGAUGAAGAUGACGACGCCUCUCUCCCUCCACUCCUGAAGCGCCUUCCCAAGGACUUCGGCGGUGGAGCCUCAAUCGAUUACGAUGAUGAGGACGACGGAGACAAUGAUUUCGGGACAAUGAUCGUUAAAAGCGAUCGGAAUCGGACUCGGAACCGUUCUUCUUCCUUAAUAAGAGGGACCCCUCCUCCGCCGUUUCCGAAUAGAGUGAGCACUAUGAAGAGGGACGAGGACGAUGGCGAUGGAUUUUCGACUUUUGUGGUGAGGUCCGGGGAGAGGGAUUCUGCGAGCGGGACUGUGGUGAGAAGGACCAGUGGCGGUGGCGUUGGAUCCACAAUGAGUAUGGCUGUGGCAAGUAUGCAGGCAGUGGGGGAUUUAGGUUUUGGGAAGCAGAGUAAGGGGAGUGGGUCGUCGCAAGGGGACGAGCCUCGCCUGAUGACGAAAAUUUCGUGCAGUUCGAUUCCUGACAGCGUUACCCGGGAAGAUCCAACCACUAAGUACGAACUGCUCAAUGAACUUGGGAAGGGGUCUUAUGGUGCGGUAUACAAGGCUAGGGAUUUAAAAACUUCCGAGUUGGUUGCUAUCAAAGUCAUAUCUUUGUCUGAGGGGGAGGAGGGAUAUGAAGAAAUCCGUGGGGAGAUCGAGAUGUUGCAACAAUGUAGUCAUCCAAAUGUUGUUCGGUAUCUUGGGAGCUACCAAGGAGAAGAGUAUCUUUGGAUAGUAAUGGAGUACUGUGGGGGUGGAAGUGUUGCUGACUUGAUGAAUGUUACUGAGGAAUCUUUGGAGGAACCUCAAAUAGCAUACAUCUGUAGGGAAGCAUUGAAGGGGCUUGCAUAUUUGCACUCAAUUUUUAAGGUGCAUAGAGAUAUCAAAGGUGGUAAUAUUUUGUUAACUGAACAAGGAGACGUCAAGUUAGGGGAUUUCGGUGUUGCAGCCCAACUCACAAGGACCAUGUCAAAGCGCAACACGUUCAUUGGCACCCCACAUUGGAUGGCUCCAGAAGUUAUCCAAGAAAGUCGCUAUGAUGGGAAGGUUGAUGUAUGGGCGCUUGGUGUGUCUGCAAUUGAAAUGGCAGAGGGGCUUCCUCCUAGAUCUGCAGUGCACCCAAUGAGGGUUCUUUUCAUGAUAUCCAUUGAGCCAGCACCAAUGCUCGAGGAUAAAGAAAAAUGGUCUCUUGUAUUUCAUGAUUUUGUGGCUAAAUGUUUAACAAAAGAACCUCGUUUACGCCCCACUGCGUCUGAGAUGUUGAAGCACAAAUUCAUUGAAAAAUGCAAAUACGACUCAUAUGCAAUGCUACCAAAGAUUGAAAAGGCCAGGAAAAUAAGAGCAUUGAUGGCUUUAGAAGCACAAAAUGUUGCUCCAGUUGUACCCGAAGAGAGUACACUCCAAGUUCCUCAAGUGAAUGAUGAUUAUGGAGAUACUGUACCGUCAAAACCUCUAAAUGUUGGGUCUCAGGUGGCAGAUGAAGUAGCCACGUCUAGUGCCCUAUGUAAGCAGCAUGCAUUAGAGGGUGUAGAACGGGCCGGGGAAGUUCAUUUUGGCACCGUAAUAAUUCAUGGUGGUGAUGAGAUUGAUGAGGCCAAUAUUGUUUCACGAGUCUCCAAUGCCAAAGGACCUUCAACUGCUCCAGGACUUCUGGAAAGCCCUAAUGUUAGUGCCUUGGGAGUUGAAUCGGAUAAACACAGGGUGCAAACUAUGGGAAUUGCUGCUGAAAAUAACAAUUUGGUUGGAGAUUCACAUCCUACCCAGGCGAUACAGUCGUCUUCUCCUUUGCUCCUUGGCUACACUACUCCUGAUCUUAAGUCGAAAAGCACUUCUCAAGCUCAGGUUGGGAGUGGCAUUAGCAUGGGCAGUAGUGCUUUGAGGAAUGAAACUGUCAGCCGAAAAGCUUUUGCAGUGCAAGACAAGCUUUUCUCCAUUUACGCUGCGGGUAACACAGUGCCUAUUCCAUUUUUGAGGGCAACUGAUAUAUCUCCCAUUGCACUGUUAUCAGACAAUGUUCUUGGAGGAAUGCAACGUGAUAAUGGUGGAACCAUUGCCGUGGAAGCACUUCAGGAGCUUUUCACGGGUGAUGGACAGUCGAAAAAGGGUAGAAGAGGGCAAAACGAGAUGCCCCUUCCUCCUAGUAUCUACCAAAGGCUCACUUCAAGUUCAACAUUACUGAAUCUGGCGCAAGCUCUAGCUUACCACAGAACGUGCUAUGAGGACAUGCCACUUCAGGAAUUGCAAGCCACUCAAGAGCAACAGACCAUUCAAAACCUUUGUGAUACACUAAGAACAAUUCUCCGAUUGUAAAUAAACCCUUCCUUGCUAUUUUCUGACCCUUUUUUCUUAUCAUUUAUUUAUUAGCGAAUGACUUGUCUAUUUAAGUUGAGCAGAGUAGCAUUAAGGUAUAUUUGUCUUAUGUAGGGCAGCAGCUCUUGAUGUAUCUUCUCUCUUUGAUCAACAUGUGAAUAGUUUUCUUCUAUGUAACAUUUCGAUAAAAAAAUAUAUAUACAAGAGUUGGAUUUGUUUAGAA